UGAGGGUUUGAAGAAGAAUGGAUACAGGCAAAUGUUCAAGGUGUAAAGACAACGAAGCCACAGUUCUUUCCAGGAGGGAACUGUUCUGUCAAGACUGCUUUAUAAGGUUUAUCUGCGGUAAGCAGAGGAAGCACAUGGGCAGUGAUAGGUAUAAAGUCAAGUUUAGUGACGAUGUCAAGAGGGAGAAAGUUAUAUUACCUAUGUCGUACGGUAAAAGCUCAUUAGUGUUGCUCGAUAUAUUAAUAUCGAUGUUUGAAGAGCAGACGAAGAAUCCUAGGGCCAAAAUUGGCUUUGAGGUUGAUGUUGUACACAUUAACGAUUCUAAAGUGAUUAGUUAUCAAAACGAGGUAGGGUCAGUCUUGAGAAAGUUGAAGAACCACUACGCUCUUGAAAAGUAUCCGAUCACUUUUACUGAUGUGGGCAUUGAAAGCAUCCUUAAUACGGGAGAUGUAUCUAGCUUGACUCUUCACAAGGACUUCACAUCGACCUCAACAAGAGGCAGUUCUUCAGUCACCAUGGAUGAUAUCUUCGAAGGAUGCCCAAAUAGAGCUUCAAAGAAGGAUAUUCUAGAUGUUAUUGUUAAGCAGCUAAUUGAGAGAUAUGCCGUGGCAAAAGGUGCGACUUCCAUCUUGUGGGCGCAUAGCAUGACCUCUUUGGCCGAUGAAGUCAUAGCAUUGACAGUUAAAGGACGUGGCUCGGAGAUUUUCAAACAACUCACAGAUGGCGUGGUUCCCUUUGGAGAAUCAGAGAUUGAUGUUGUACAUCCAUUAAGGGACUGCUCACUAGGUGAAAUUGAGAAGUUUGUCCAAAUGAAAGGUUUAGAGGAGUUCUUACUAGUGCCAUCAGAUUCACCGGAAAGAAUGAUGAAUAAACAAAAAACCAUAAACGAGGUUGUGGAAAAUUACUUCAAAACUGUUGAUAGCUCAGAUGAUAAUAUUGUGUCAACCGUGGUGAAGACCGGUGCUAAGCUGGGAGAGCCUAGAAACUUUGAUGGUAAAGUCUGUUCCAUUUGUAAUGGGAAGAUAUACAACGAUCCAAUGAAUUGGCUAAAGAACAUCACACAUCAUAGUAACCUACCACCGGAGACAGAGGUUGAGAAGGAGUCAUUGAGAGAGUGGUUAGAUAUGAACACACAGACUGGGAUAACUGACCAAGAAUCUGCAUCAACCAACGAAAUUGACCUCUGUUAUGGAUGUGCCGUUACAGUGGGUGGAUUCAAACAGGGUAAGAUCGAAUGGCCUGUAAGAAGAGAUGCGAAACACGAGGUUGAGGCCAUUUUAAGCGAGUUUAUCAUAGAUGAGGAAUAAAU